AUGCUACAGAAGGUUGACAUUGACCUUAAUUAAGUCAAUGAAACUAUUAAACAGAAAUGUAUGGAAGAAAUCAUGAAUUAUCUCAACAAAGAAUUAUCUGAGUAUCAGGCCAAAUGUUAAAAUUAUAUAUUAAAAAUCCAAUAAGAGCAUGAGAAAUUGCAAAAUCAAUAUAGAGAAGACUCAGAAUAAUUUAGUAAAAGUCUAGUUUAGAAGUUGAGAUCACUAAAGUCACUUGUAGAAGAGGAAAAGAAUAGCGCAUUAGAAUUAAUAGAAAAUUCUUAAAAGCAUUUUUUAAAAUAAGCACAAAGUUAAUUUAACGAUCAUUUUACGGAUAAAAGUUAACUGAAGGAAGAACUUUAAAAAAGAAAUUAAGAAUAUGACAAAUUAAAAAAAGACCUGGAUAAUCUUAAGUUUAGUAAAAUUAAUGAAAGUCAAAGCCUACAGAGGGCAAUAGAAAAAUAAUAAUUAGUUGAGAAUAAAUUGGAGGAACUUUAGAUCACGUCACAAAAUAUAAUUAAUGAACUUAAAGAAAAAAAUCAAAAAUAAUUGAAAUAAGCUUAAGAUGAAUUUUAGAGAUAACAAGAUAUUUACAAAUAAAAUUUAGACUAACUCAAAUCAAGUAAUAUUGAAACUUUAUAAUUUUUGUAAAAACUUUAAAAUGAAAAUUCAAGUUUAUAAGAGCAAGUUAAUACAGGAUAGUCAUAAUUAUAAUAUUAGAAAAAAUAGUAUGAUUAAUAAUUAAUAAAAUUUAAAAAUGAAAAAGGUUUAUUAGAACAAUAAGCAUUAAAAGCUUAAGCGGAAAUCUAGAUAAACAUUUUAAAAUUAGCUUUAAGAAGAAUAAGUUAAAUUUAAAAAAUAAUAACAGGAAUUAGUAAAAAGAGCAGAAGAAAAUAGGAUAAAACAAGAAGAAUAAAAAUAGAAAGAAAUUUAAGAAUAAGAGUAGAUAGCUAAAAAAAUUAAAGAAAACUAUGA